GCCUCGAGCGAGCGCGGCCGCCGGCGACACCCGGACAACGCGCCGGCGGCGGGGCAAGGAGGGCAGCCCAGAGGGCAGCGGCCCCGGCCCGCGUGUGCGGCCCUCUCUAGCACUCCAACACCGCGGCGGCUGUGCCGGGCCCCGCCACACGUGCAGCUAUGGUGGGCCGGCUGAGCCUGCAGGAUGUCCCCGAGCUCGUGGACACGAAGAAGAAAGGCGACGGCGUCCUGGACAGCCCGGACUCGGGGCUGCCCCCAAGCCCUAGCCCCAGCCACUGGGGGCUCGCAGCGACGGCGGGCGGCGGCGGGGAGCGCGCUCCGGUAGCAGGGACGCUGGAGUCCGAUGCGGCGGUGACCCCUGUAGUCCCGAACCCUGCAUCUCUGACCCACUCGCUGGCUGCCGUCUGCUCACCGAGACUCUGUCCCCUGUCCUUCGGUGAAGGAGUCGAGUUUGACCCCUUACCUCCAAAGGAAAUAAAGUAUACCUCCUCAGUCAAGUACGACUCUGAGCGGCACUUCAUCGAUGAUGUGCAGAUGCCCCUGGGCCUGGUGGUGGCUUCCUGCAGCCAGACAGUCACCUGUAUCCCCAACUGCACUUGGCGAAACUAUAAGGCCGAAGUGCGCUUCGAGCCUCGCCCCAAGCCUGCUCGCUUCCUCAGCACCACCAUCGUCUACCCCAAAUAUCCCAAGACCGUCUACACCACCACUCUGGAUUACAACUGCCACAAGAAGCUGAGGAGGUUUCUGUCCAGCGUGGAGCUCGAGGCCACAGAGUUCCUGGGUAGCGAUGCGCUAUCCGAUGAAUGCUGACUCAGCUAGCUUGAGGUUGGACCAGCUGUUCAUACACUGCCCUGGUCCCCAGACCACCCUGGACAAGCUGGGUAGCAUUGCUCUUGCACAUCACCCCAGCCCCAGAGGGAUCUAACCUGGAGAUACCUCUAAGCCUAGCUGGGGGAAGAUGUAUUAAAAAAAAAAAAUCACUGCAUUUUAUAAUAAUAGAGAAACUCAGCUUCGUUAAAAUUUUUUCCAGAUAGUUUUUUUUUUUUUAAAAGAAGCUUGUGUGUGUGUGUGUGUGUGUUCUGGUUGAUUGAUGCAGUUUCCCCAAAGUCUCAAUUUGAUUGAAAAUAGAGGCAGAACAAAGGACAGUGAUAUCAGGGCAGUCCGAGGUGAACAUGUCCUCCGUUUUCUGAUGAACAAAGUGGGAAAAUCUCUGGAGUAGAGAAGGUGAAUUAAGAAAUUUCAGCCAUGCAUAUGUUUAUUGCUGGGGGAGAAGGAGAGAGUUAGCUCGGGUAGACUGCGAUGCCCAUCUGUGCUCAAUCUGUUCUGGGCCAGUUUUGUCUCUGCUUCUAUUUGUCUUUUCCUGUUAACCCAAACUCUUAGAUUUAUCAAAAAUCUUUUUCAUGAUAUUAGGGGAGAAAAACAAACAAACAAACAAAAAAACACACACACAAAAGGAGAUUCCUUUAAAACAAACUGUCUGCCUAUUCCGCUUUUGUUGGUUGGGUAAACAGCUAGCUGGGUUCGAGGCUUCGCAGCCGACUUGUUCCCUCCGGUUGGUUUCAGGCCCAGGCUCUGGUGCAGCCCGAGCAUGCUUGGCAUCUGGUUAACGUCUCCCUGGGCUUGUGUAACUCCGCUCAUAGGUAUUUUGGGGUUUUGAAAUACUUUUCCAUUUUUUUUUUCCAUGAGGCAAAAUGCAGCAGAGGGCUCUUUUUGAGAAGAACAGCAUUCUCAAAGAAUGCUUUUGAAAAACAUGCUUUGGGGGCUGCAGGGAAAGGGUCUCCCCUGUGGGCCACGUGCCUGAGCCCAGCCGCCCAUAGGAGGAGGCAGGUUUGAAUGUGACUCAGAUCAUCAUGAUUAAAUGAUGGACUUAUUCUUUGGACUCUGAUAGUGUCGAAACUGGGAGGAAUAAAAAAUAAAAAAUAAAAAGCAAGGGCUGUUACUUACACCCAGAUUAAGCUAAUAUGAAUUCAGGAAUAGGGAGUGACACGUAGACUCCACAGCCUUGCCACUGUGGUGAUGGGAGACAUUUCUUUUGUACCGCUGUAUGCUCGGGAAGCGACUAUUGUGGAGUCAGGUAUGAAUCAAAGACGUUUCCUAGCUAACUUCCAGACCUCAGCUGAGCCAGCUACAGCAGCAGGGGCAGCGCUGGGCAAGACCGUGCCGUGCACCAACCUGCCCCCUGCUCCGCUGCCCCUACCCUUGCUUCUUAGAAUCCCCUGCCAAGCCCCACAGUGCUGGAGUGAAGGAAGUGGCCAGCUAAGUUUUAUUCCAGCAUUAGAAAGAACAAGUAAUACAUAUUUCCUUUGAAUACAUCCAAAUCAUGUUAGGUGGGUUACCGAGGCUCUGCCUUCCCUUGUAUCUCUGGGUCUCUGGAUAGCUUCCAUCUGUCCAGAAAGUAGAAUGGAGAACACACUGGGCUCCUCUGGAGCCAUAGCUGAGACUGGCUAUCAUGGAAAGCAGGUGCAAAGAUAAUCGCUUUCAUUUAAAGACCGUGGGCUGUCUAGAGCCACAACGCCUCGUCCUUGUCCCCUGCAGAUGACAAAGUCUGCUGUACUUUUCAACUCAUCCCUCUGGACACAGGCCGCGGGUAUCAUGGUCCCAGUUGGCCAGGGUACAGCGCAGCUAGGGGACACCCUGGGAUCCUCCAAGCCCCUCAGUACCACUCAGAGCAAUCAGUGCUACUCGGCUUUAGAAAAACAUUUAUUGGCAAAAGUGGAUUUUUCUAUCUGACUUCAUAAUGUCACCGAAGCGUCAAAUAUAAUUUCUUUUUGCAAAUACAAUUUCUAAAUUAGGGAGAUCACCAAAGCUUUGCUCUACUCCUUUGGAGACACCUGCUCGGGCUCAGAAUGAUAUCGUGGCAGCAUGUCAGGAGAAACUGCUGUCUCUGAAUGCAGUAGAGUUAUAAAGGUGUCCUUAAAGGGGAAAAAAAAAUUCUUUUCUUGUUUUUGCCUUAGAGGGAUCAUGUUAAGUUCAGGCAGAACAUUCUAGGUGUGGAUGGAGGCUGAACCAUAUCAGUAAGUUGAAGCAGGCGACAGCGGAUGUCUGACGUGGGUGGAAAGGCAGGUUUGUAAGCCGCUAGGUUGUUUACUACAGUCAGUUGUGUGCAGCUGUUUUGAGUCUUCUCUAAUUCUCCAAACCUGCCUCGAAAGCUGCAGGCCUGGAAGCUGGGCAGUGGCACCCUGCAGCACCCUAGUGGUGGUGUCGUCCGCCCAGAGUAGUAGGUUCCGGAUGGUUGGCAAAGUGGAAAAGGAGGUUUGUAAAAUUCACUCACCUGCCAUUCCUGAAUGUGCGGGGGAGAGACUGGUGUGUUCUUGGUGAAGUUUUUCACUCCAUCUCUUAAGUUAUGGCUGUUGGAGAUGAUGUAAGAAUUGUUUUAAAGUUACCUUUGACUUCUGUCCCAUUUCAUUUUUGCUUUGUGACUUCUCCGUUUAACAAUAAAUGAUCUAAAAUGUAAA